AUGGAAUCGGAUUUGGACGACGACUUCGAUGAUUACCGCUAUGGAAUCGACGAAGAAGACGAUUAUCCUGAUUCUCGUCCCACAGUAAUCCUCAUGGGGCACAAAAGAAGUGGAAAAACGUCCAUCCGGAAAGUUGUUUUCCAAAAAAUGUCGCCAAAUGAGACAAUGUUUGUGGAAAGCACUGCCAGAAUUACAAGAGAUACCAUCUGCUCAUCGUUUAUCAAUUUCGAGACAAUCGAGUUCCCUGGUCAAAUGUGCCCAUUUGAUGAUUCAUUGGAUCCCGUAGGAGUGUUCCAGAAAUGUGAAGCUCUUCUCUUCAUCAUAGAUGCUCAAGCUGAGCUUCAAGAACCGAUUGCCACACUUGUCGAGUAUUUCUGCCGUGCUUACAAGAUCAAUCAAAAUAUCAAGUUCGAAGUUUUUGUGCAUAAGGCCGACGGGUUAACUGAGGAGGCUCGUGUCGAGACCAAAUUCAAUAUUUAUCAUCAAGUCAAAGAAACUAUCAAGGAUCAAAUCGAUGUCGACCUACAAGUUACUUAUCACUUGACCUCCAUUUAUGAUCAUUCCAUUUUCGAGGCGUUCUCGAAAGUCGUUCAAAAUCUCGUUAAACAACUGCCAACUCUUGAGCGACUUCUCGAUGUUUUCAACAAUAGUUCGAAAGUAACAAAAUCAUUUUUGUUCGACAUCCUCUCCAAGAUCUAUAUUGCCACCGAUUCGGAGCCAGUUGAGAUGAGCAUUUAUGAACUGUGUUGUGAUAUGAUUGAUGUAACGUUGGAUUUGUCUUCAAUAUAUGGUGUCGCGGAAAACGGCUCGAACUACGAUGAGCGGUCGUCGUCUGUCAUCCGUCUAAAAUCAGAACAAGUCAUGUUUCUGCGUCAAGUAAAUAAGCACUUGGCUUUAGUUUUUAUCAUGAAGGAAGACGGGAACGAGAAGGCUGGUUUCAUCGACCACAACUUUGGUGUUUUCAAAGCAGGCAUCGAGCAAGUGUUCAAAGUCAAGAACAGAGGCGUCAAUUUCUAA